AGGAAGUCCCGGUCCAGUUGUUCAGACUGAGCAUCAGAGCCGGUGCUGCCUGUUAAUAACUAAGCGGCACCUGCAGGAUGCAGCCCGUCUCCGGGCUCUCCAGCUCCGCACCCGAUUGGACAGCGACCGCGCCGCGUCAGCAGCAUCAGCGCGGCUCAGCCAAUCAGAGCGCAGCAGGUUAACGCAAACAUCCCUGAUGCUGCCGCUGUGUAGUAGCAACCCCAGAAACAAGCACUGCUGGUCUGAUCCGCGUGGAUUCACUCCACGAAGAUUAAAGCAGAUUAAUUGAGCUGAUUUAAAAUGUUCCCGCAGUGAUUGUGACCUUUUAAGAGGCGCUGAUUGAAUCGGGAGGAAGAUGGAGGCUCGAUCGAUUAUUGGAGAAAGUACUGAUGCGAUAGUGGUGGAUGAUUCUCCGACUGAAGAGAAGGAAAUUCAGCAGACUGCCCAGAGUUGCAUCCCGGUGGUUUCUCUGUGCCCCCCCGACGGCUCCGUUGAGGCCCAGCUGACUGUCAUCCCCUCUGCAGAGGAGCUGUGUGACAGCUGCAGCAGCCUGGGAAAACCCUCCUCCUCCUUCCAGCUCUACCAUCAGGUCCCGCAGCGUCUUCAGACUGGAGCCUGCCAUUCGCCGUGCCACCUUAAAUGCCCCCACUGCAGCCGUCACGGACCAGUCAAAGCCCGCUGCUGCCAUUUGAACGCAGCGUGUCCUCAUGCGGACGGAGGGCUGGCGGUGAAACCCGGACACAGCUGUGGUUCUGACCAGCAGGGGUCCUGCCACGGGUCGGCCAGGUGCCACUGGCUGCACGGGCCGAAAGAGACCAGAACCAAACCGAAGCAGCGGCAGGUGGUGUCAGUAAGGACUGGGGGAUUUUACUUCAUAAUUAGAAAGUAUUCCCAGCUGUUGGUGGACCGACCGUUACUGGUGCUGCUGGUUUGUGCCGUCCUGCUGCUGGGAUUGUCACUGGCUGGACUCUUCAUUGGGUCUCUGCCAGACUUCUCUGAUCCGCUUCUGGGUUUCCAGCCGCGGGGAACGUACAUCGGCGUUCGGCUGUCCAGCUUGUCCAGGCUGCAGCAGGAAACCGGCCCGGGGAAAACUCUUUCUGCUGAGCCACCGCAGCUCAGCAAGAGCUUUGCCAAGGCCGGCGCUGUCAGCAGAGACAGUAAUGGCAGUCAGCUCGCCUCCAGAGGUCGUCGUAUUAAGAGGAUGCUGGCCGCUGACUUUUCUCUGGACACUUUCCUCUGUGAUGCUCCAGGCCAGCGCUACGCCCAGCUGGUGUUUCGAUCCGAAAACUCAGCCAGUCUCUGGAGCCUGAAGGCCAUCCACGCCAUGUGUGAGAUGGAGCAAUCCAGGAUUCGGUCCCAGGCUCAGUUCCAGGACCUGUGCCAGCAGCCUGAGAGCGUGGAAGCGGAGGGAGCGCCGAGAGGCGGCUGCUGUCCAAGCUGGUCCUUGGGGAACUACUUGGCGGUUCUCUCCAAUGCCUCCUGCUGCCUCAGCCUUACCUCACAACAGGUCUCAGAGUCUUUGAAACUUCUCCGGAAAUGUGCUCCAUCCUACCACCGAGGAGAUCUGACCUCGGCCUGCGCAGAGAGACCCAUGCAUGGCGGCUGCUCCUCCGUUCCCUCGCGCUGUAAACAAUCCCGCGUUGUGUUCCAGAUCCUGCACUUCCUCGUUGACAAAGACUUUCUCGGCCCCCAGACUGUUGAAUACCAAAUACCGACACUAAAGUACAGCCUUCUGUUCUUACCCGUCCAGAAAGGAGAGCACAUGAUGGAGAUCUACAUGAACAGCCUUGAAGGAAGAGAUCUGACGUACAAUAACACGACCAUAACCGGGAUAGACUUUGGUAUCAAGAAGACGCUGUUCAGAUAUUACUUGGCGAGAGAUUCGGUGUUCCCGGUCCUCGCUGUUUUAUCCCUCUUGCUCACCAUGGUUUUAUAUCUCCAGUCCUUCUUCAUUGUAGCAUUAUCUGUUCUAGCAAUCACAGCCUCACUCCUGACCUCGUAUUUCUUCUAUAAAGUAGCUUUUCACCUGACUUUCUUCCCCAUGGUGAAUCUGGCAGCAGCUCUGAUUCUCUUAGGAAGUUGCUCCAAUCAGGUUUUUAUCUUUACAGAUUUCUGGAAUCUGCAGCUAACGCUAAACCCUUCAGCCUCCCUGGAGAAGAGAGUAAACAGAGCCUUACAGGAAAUAGGCUAUAUUAUCUUAGCUUCAGGCUGGACCUCCAGUGCAGCUUUUUUCUCCGGUUAUCUCAGCAGCAUCUCAGCAAUUAGAUGUUUCUCUAUUUAUCUGGGGACUGCUUCCUUAAUCAGCUGUGUGCUGGCGUUAGUGUGGCUGCCGUGCUCUUUCAUCUUGCUUGAGCGCUCCAGGAAGGCGCCCGCUGCGUCUGUAGUGGUGCAAACAUGGAAGCCCCACUGCUCCAAAAACCUGGGUGACUUCUGGGUAACGAGUUCUCGUAAGAGGUGCAUCUUCAGCAUGAUUCAGAAGCUGAGAGAGCUGAAAAGAGGCCUGUCAGACACCUCAAACCUGCUGUUUCUGAAGAUCCUACCCUGUGGGGUCGUGAAGUUUCGCUACAUCUGGGUGUGCUGGUUUGCAGUUCUUGCGGCCGGGGGCACGUACAUGUCCUGCGUUGACCCGGGCAUGAGGUUACCCACUCUGGACAGCUGGGUCGCCCAGCUGUUCCGCUCCAGCCACCCUUUUGAGAGAUACGACGCAGAGUACCGCCACAUGUUUAUGUUUGAGAGGCAGAGGAAUGGGGAGGACAAACCCGUCACUGUUCUGCUCGUUUGGGGCAUCAAACCGACUGAUAAUGGAGAUCACUUUAACCCACAGAGUAACGGCUCCCUGGUUUUUGACCCGGACUUUAACAUGAGCAGGCCGGACGCUCAGGUCUGGCUGAGAGAUCUGUGUGCAAGGGUCCAGAACCAAAGCUUUUAUUCUGCUCCAACACCAGAAAAUAAAGAUGUCAUGGCGGAUAACGUCUGCCUUGUGGAGCAGCUGGUGCGCUGGGUAUCUGUCAGGCGGUGCUCAGGAACCAGUGAUGCCCUUCAUCUCUGCUGUAGCAACAUCCUCUUCCCUUUCCCUCCCAGCGUCUUUGAAAGCUGCCUGAAUAUGAUGCUAGCAGAGAAACACGCCGAGAGCCAUGCGCCUCGUAGUGGAGGCCUGUACUUCCUGCCAAACGGCACGGCAGCUGCCCUCGUUCUGGAGUUCCAGACCACCUAUCUCUACAGCUUCAACUUUAGCAGAACCAGUGGUUUUUACAGGGAAAUCCUGACAUGGUUCAACAAAGAGAUGUCAGGAGCCCCACAAGGGCUGGAGAACGGCUGGUUCAUCAGCCAGCUGUCUCUGUUCGAUCUACAACAGUCUCUAAGUUCUGAGACUCUGGUGGUCGCUGGGGUCUCUGUCGCUCUCACGUUUCUUCUCCUGCUGCUAACCACCUGGAAUAUCCCACUUAGCUUAUAUGCAACUGUUGCUGUAGGAGGAAGUGUGUUCGUCACUGUUGGACUCCUCGUCCUGCUUGAGUGGCAGCUCAGUGGCGUCGAGGCCCUGCUUAUAUCCUCUGCCGCAGGGCUUUCUGUUGACUUUGUAGCCAACUUUUCCAUUUCCUACAGCUUAGCUCCUCAUUCGGACAAGAUAGGAAAAGUGGCUCACUCCACUAAAAGAAUGGGAUGCCCUGUAGCAAUAGUUUCCGGUGCAUUUUUCUUCAUGGGCAUUGUCAUGCUACCAGCCACUGCCUUACACUUUAGAAAAAUAGGGAUUUUCCUGUUUCUGGUGAAAUGUGUGGCGUGUGGAUUUGCUACCUUCUUUUUUCAGUCCCUGUGCUGCUUUUGCGGGCCACAGAGAAACUGCGGAAGAAUCACGCUGCCGUGUUGCUCGGAGGACACAGACGGUGUGCUGACCUCCUGCUCCGAGCCUGGCUCUUCGCCUGCUGCCAAUGGGGCUUUUGGCAGGUCUAGAGGGAGGCGGAGUUAUGACAAAGAGGCAGGUGGUUACCUCUACCCCGACCACCAGCGUCAGCACAGACACAAACAGACCGGAGGAGGAGGUGGUUUGCACAGGGGCGCAGAGCAAUACGAGCUGCAGCCUCUGGCGUAUCGCCUCAGCGACAGCUUCGAAAACAGCACCUGUACCAGCAAGCUGUCCAACCAGCCCUCUGUGCUCUCAGAUGAAAUUGAGUUUUGUGGGGUAGAGGUGAGCAAGAAGGAUUUGGAUCCAGCCCAGCCAGCCCUUCAAACCUCGUCCCCUUACAGAAAAAAUACCCUCCGCCAAGCAGGCCAGGUGCAAGAAGAUGUAGCUACUGGAAAUCUGCUGUGCAAAACCUGCAGGGGUCAAUCAGUUGUGGGGAAGCAAUGGAGCAAUACGUCUUACUCCUCAUCAUCGAGCAUAGAGGAAACCAUCAUCAGCCACACAAUGGAGACCACAGACCAGCAGUCGUUCUGCAAGGAUGAAAAUACCACAAAGGAGGGUCACAGUCAGCACUUCCCAUCUCAGAGCUCCUGCGAAGGCCUGGAGGACUCCUGUGAAACAUGUCUGAGUGACGUUGAGGCGGGGUCUUCAAACCCACAGCAGGACGAUGGAGAGACGGCGGCUCAGCUGCAACCAGGACACCUCAACGGCAAGAGAGACACGCUGAGGCUCUCGCUGAAGGAAACGGUUUACGAGACGAAGGACCGCAGCAGCCGGAGUGAAGAAGUGGUCAUCUUACCCAACAGCAGGCCGGACCUACCAGACGUCUGGAUAAAGCGGGACGGACAGCGGGAGGAUGCAUGUUGAGCAACACGUUGCUGUGGAUUUGCAGUCGUCCAGGACAUCUCAAUGCUAAGUGCUUGAAUUGAAGGCAUCACGACUUAUUCUCUUGUUUCCUGAAGACAUUUCACCGCUCAUCUUCUGUUCAGAUCGAGGGUUAGGACUUCAAAACUUAGAAAAUGCUAUCUGCCUUUCCAUUGACUAUAUAAUUUCGCAUACUUAGAAUAUUUUGAAAAAUUUUGGCGCUAGGAUAAGACGUUUUCUCGGCUGUAUCUAAAUUAGUUACAAUAGAAACACGAGUCACAUGAAAAACGACCGGAUGUUGCCACUGGCGUAAACCACAAAGACGACGACAGGAAGUAGUUGAAGGAUCAUGACUUAUCACAUGAACAGACUUAUUAAUUCAAUUUCUUAUUAAAUGGCGAAAUUCUGCUGUUUUGACAUUAGCAGAUUAUUGAGAAAGUUAUGGAAACGCAACAGGACCAUGAAGGUCUCGAAUCCCUGAUUCACCUGUAUGUCCUACACUGUAAAACAUUUAAAGAAGGUUUAACUUCAAAAAGAAAGUCCACCUGCUGCCUUGAAAAUUGUUUUGGUUUUAACUCAGAAAUUAAUAUUCAUUAAGUUAAUUUAACAAGAGAAAAGUUGUAUAAACAUUUUUAAAGUUUAUUCAUCUUGAAUUGUGAGUUUUAACUUAAUGCUGCAAUUUAUACUAAAUCAUUAUCAUAUACCAAAUAUUUGACUUAAAGAAUAGAAAACAGUAGAUGCAACUAAAUGCAGGUCAUAUGUUUUACAGUGUGUGAGUUGUUUGGGUCGGGUUAUGACUCAGCGGUUCAUCUACAUCUCAAACACUUUUUGGGCAGAAAAGAUUUGUGCUUGGAGAAAGAAAAGGAGGCGGAAAUCAACAAUAAACAGAGACUUCAAGUUUAACCUCUCUGAUAAUCUACCCGUAAUCUGAACAUUCCUGCAGUAAACAGGAGGAAAAAGUCAAUCUGCCUUCUGCUGAAGCACUUAUGAUCACAUAAACAACCUUUUCCGAACACUGUGCAUUUAUUGCUCUAAUUUAUAAAACCUAUUGUAUUUAUAGAGUCACAAAAUCAUGCAAAAAGUCACCAAACAUAAGGAAAUAUGGGUCGACACUGCGUUUGUUUAAUGUCGCUUUAAGGUUGUCUGUCUGUUCCAAUGAAAUGGGUCAAAUCAAAGCAUGACCUUUAACCCCAGCAGAGCAUAACAAACCCUGUUCAGGCACCAGUUGAAAUCAAGACAGUUGCAUGUUUAUCUCUGAAACCUUGAAAAAAGUAUUUUGUACUACUGAACCUAAACGCUCUGAAUAUCUGACAUUUCACUGAUUCACUUUGUAUAAUUUUGUUGUUCUUUAUUAUAUUCAUGCAAAAUCUUGUUCCACAAAUACGCAUUUAAUACUUACCAUUUAUUUUCUUUAACAUUUCAAAGUUUGAGCUUCUGAAAUACAAAUUUCAGCUUCUUUGUAGGAGUGGGUUGGUAUAAAGCAGCAGAAAAGUGCUAAAAUACUGUUUACUUACUGUAUAUUUACUGCUGGACUUUAUUUUCUAAGCUAGCUAUUUCCAACUUGUAAAUAGCUCCGUCUGUGAGCCCCAACCUCGUGUGUUAGCUCGACUUGAUCAAGAAGAAGCCACGAAUAAACUGGAAAAACAACUUAGGAAAACAAUUUCAGUCGCUCUGUUCAGUACAACGUCCAUCAUGGCGCCUCGAAGGAUUUAGUGACGCAAACGGUUACUCAAGGUUUUCGCAGCUAUAUGGAGCACAGGAGUGCAGCGUUGCUCCUCCCCCACUCAUUGCUGCUCACGCUGACUCCAAUAAAUCUCAUAUACAUUUACUUACAAUUAAGAUAAAUUGGGAUAUUUUGGAAGUUUGUCACUCUUAUUAAACUAAUUCUAGCUCAAAAUUACAGUUGGAUCGGUAAUGUCUGCUAACCAGCUGACUGCAGCCUCUACAACAGCAGAUAGCUUUACUCCCGGUAUUACUCCAUAAAACCUGUGCAAUUUUCUGCUCCAAAUAAAAGCAUUUAGAUUAUUUUAUGUUUUAAAAUUAUAGAAUUAAUUUAUUGCUUAUAUUUUUAUGUGAAAUUGCAAUUCUUACUCAAGAUAAACUGGGAUUGAGUGUCCCUUAUGGCCAUAGCCUAACAACUUUUAAAAGCAUAUGUUUUGUACAUUGUGGUGUAAUUAUGCCUUAAUUAUAUGUGCAGCAUGUAAGGUUUUCUGGUGAAAUCCCUAAAGCCAUUUAUUAUUGUUAUUAGAAGUCUAAAACAAUCCAAUGCAAUCAUUCCUGGAACAAUUUACUAUAACAAGUGCUCUUGUCUGAAAGUCGAUGUUUGUUAUCAAGUUGGAUGCUUUAACAUUUGGAAGUGAUUUUUUUUUUGUUCAAUUUAAAUAAAGCUGAUGCAGACAGGUGGUUGGUGUUGAAUUAGAAAACCAGAUUUCUGUUAAAGAAACACUAAGAAACAUCUAAGGUUUUUGAUCAGUCAAAAAUUGGAAAAAAAAACCCAGGAAAUUUGGAUAUACUCAAUGAUUUAAGUACAUUUAAAAGUGAUUAUUUGCUUACAAACAGAUUUCAAAUUAACAAAGAUAUUUAAAUGUUAAAGAAAUCAAAGUAUAUUUGGACUUUUGGUGAGGAAAAUGAGGCUGUAAUUUAAAUUUAUACCAGGGAAUUGUCAAACCUUUUAUUUUUGUUAUUUAAACAAACAUAAAAUAUCUAUUUUUAAUCAAUGCAAAACUUUAUUGGUGUCGGAAAAGUAUUUGUCUUUACUUGUUUGUUUGGGUAGAAAAUGUGUUUUGUGUUCCUCUAAAUGAUAUGAAGUGUAAAAACAGAGGCUUUAAAGUGGCUUUGAUGGUGGUUCAGCAUGAGACCGUGGCAAGACUUUCAUAAAAUGUGCCUCUGAGUUGUUAAAGCUUUUGAUGCCAUAAGUGUGAUUAAGUUCUUAGAAAGUCUUGUUCUAGCAGUCAGCAGAAUAACCUGCCUUAAACUCAAGAAAGAACAGCCCGGUUUUUUAUUUUGUGGUGGAAAAGACCUCAGCUGCACCACCAUCACCUUUUCACUUACCUGAAAUAAAACUUUUCUUUUGAUUCACUUUUGACGUUUUCUGCAGACAUAUUU